CACAACUGAUUUUCUGCUUUCGAGUCAGCUGCUGAAGUUGCAAAGGAAAAUAGUUGUGCAGCUCUUUAAAACCCAGAAUAUUCUGCAAAGUCGUCAGGUGAAUUCUCUCUGCAUCGCAAUGACCAACUGGCAAAGUGACCUUCAACUGCAGUGACGGACAAAUAAGACGACUUGACGACUCUGGCUAAUGAAUGAUGUGAUCAGUUGGCGAAAGACAGACGAGAGAAAUGCUGCGACGAGGAACCGCCAGUCUAGGCUGUGCCUACGAGACGGUCAAAAAGUACCAGCCGCAGCAGCGAGGCAUCACCAUGCUGAUGCUGAACAAGAGCCGCCUUUUAGUGCCUACCACCCAGUAUGUCCAAGUGCCACAAAGAGGGGCGGCUAUGUUCAUCGGUCGGUUGCUCCGAGGUGCCCUAAAAAUUCGCUACCUGGUGUUGGGUGGCGCCCUCGGAGGUGGAAUGACACUGCAGAAGUCCUACGAGCAGUGGAAAGAAAACCUACCAGACAUGAAAUGGCUCGAACAAUAUAUGCCUCCUCCUGAUAAAAUAGACGCUUUCAGAGAAAAAAUGAUUAAGUUUUCUAGUGAUUUUAAGGACAGUUUUGAAGUAAACCCAAAGCUGAAGCAGCUGGGCGAGGCCAAAUAUCAAAACUUCCGCGACUGGUUUGAUAAGAGAUUAGAUGAGGCUAUAGAGGCAACCGAAAGAGCUGAAGUCGAAGGUGAGAACAGCUUUUCCGACACCUUCCUCAGAAUACCAGUAGCCAAUAAUAGCCCUGGCAAUCCAGCAGCGUCCUCGGCACCGUCGGAAAACUUAACCACGAGACUAGAAAGACUGCAAGAUGAACUUAUGCAGAACCAACUCAAGUACCAAAAACAGGUGGACCGUCUUGAGAAGGAAAAUCGCGAGCUCCGAAGGCAACUCCUCCUGCGAAAGACGGGCGCUCCUCCGAAGAAGGUGAAGAAGUCCCUUAUCGACAUGUACUCGGAGGUGUUGGACGAGUUGGCCGAGUUUGACUCGAGUUACAACACUCAGGACCACCUGCCCAGGGUGGUGGUUGUCGGAGAUCAAAGCUCGGGAAAAACAUCGGUAUUGGAAAUGAUUGCCCAGGCGAGAAUUUUCCCUCGAGGAGCGGGCGAAAUGAUGACCAGGUCACCCGUCAAGGUCACCCUGAGCGAGGGUCCGUACCACGUGGCCCAGUUCAAGGACAACUCUCGCGAGUUUGACCUCACCAAGGAGCAGGACCUGGCCGAUCUGAGGCGCGAAGUGGAAAUUCGAAUGAAAAACAGCGUCCGCGGCGGACACACAGUCAGCAACGAGGUCAUCUCGAUGUCCGUCAAGGGUCCGGGUCUGCAGAGGAUGGUGUUGGUUGACCUGCCUGGAAUCAUCAGUACGGUGACGCAAGACAUGGAGAGACACACAAAGGACGCCAUCAAGACGAUGUCCGAGUUGUACAUGUCCAACCCUAACGCCAUCAUUUUGUGCAUUCAGGACGGGUCCGUAGAUGCCGAACGCAGCAACGUGACUGACAUCGUCAGCCAAGUUGACCCUCAGGGCAGGAGAACCAUAUUUGUGCUAACCAAGGUGGACAUGGCCGAGGAGAAUUUGACGAACCCGGACAGAAUCCAGAAAAUCCUCUCCGGACGGUUGUUUCCUAUGAAAGCGUUGGGCUACUUUGCCGUGGUGACCGGACGGGGAAGGAAGGACGAUUCCAUCCAGACCAUCAAGGAGUACGAGGAGCAGUUUUUCCGCAAAUCCAAGAUUUUCAAGGACGGUCGCAUCAUGUCCGCUCAGGUAACUACAAGGAACCUGAGCAUGGCCGUGUCCGAGUGUUUCUGGAAGAUGGUGCGCGAGACCGUGGAGCAGCAGGCGGACUCUUUCAAGGCCACCAGGUUCAACCUCGAGACGGAGUGGAAGAACAACUUCCCUCGGCAGAGGGAGCUGGACAGGGACGAGUUGUUCGAGAAGGCGCGAGGCGAGAUCCUGGACGAGAUGGUCAACCUGAGCCAGGUGUCGGCCAAGCAGUGGGAGGAGCUGUUCAUGCAGCGCCUCUGGGACAAAGUGUCCGGACACGUGUUUGAAAACAUCUACCUGCCUGCUGGUCAGUCGGGCAACUCGGGACAGUUCAACACCCUGGUGGACAUCAAGCUGCGCGAAUGGGCGGACCAGAAGCUGCCCUCGGGUUCGGUCGAGGCCGGCUGGGAAGGUCUGCACAAAGAGCUGCAGACGUUCAUGCGCAAGUCGUCCACGGCCAAGGACAACGACGAGGUGCUCAACACCUUGAAGCAGGCGGUCCUGCACGAGACGCUGAAGAAGCACGUUUGGGAGGACAAGGCGGCCGACAUGCUCAGGGUGAUCCAACUGAACGCCCUGGAAGACCGCGCCGUCCACGACAAGCAGCACUGGGACAGCGCCGUCAAGUUCCUCGAGAACUGUCUGAAGGAGCGUCUGCAUGAGACUGAGGAAAGGUUGCGUGAACUGUUGGGUCCCAGCACAAAGGAAAAGUGGCUUUACUGGAAAUACGCCACUCCGGACCAGACGCUUCGGAAUGCGAUUCGCAACGAGCUGGACAAAAUUCUGUACAAGGACCCGAACCACCUUCCAUUGCUGAAGGCAGACGAGGUCACCACCAUCAAGGGCAACCUGCAGAAUUCGGUUGAGCAGGAUGUGAGCGAAAAUAUCAUUCAAGAGACGUGGGAUCCGAUCUACCGACGCCACUUCAUGAGGAGCAGUCUGCAAAGGGCCUUCUCGUGCCGCAAGGGCUACUUCCUGUACCAGCAAGGACUGGCGGCCGACGAGUGCAACGACGUCGUCCUCUUCUGGCGCAUCCAGCAGAUGCUCAAGGUCACCUCGAAGGCCCUCCGGCAGCAGGUGGUGAACCGCGAGGCGCGGCGGCUCGACAAGGAAAUCAAGGAGGUCCUCGAGGACUUCGGCCAGGACCGCGACAUGAAGGAGAAUCUGCUGACGGGCCGCCGAGUCCUCUUGGCCGAAAAACUGAAGCGAGUGCGACACAUUCAAGAAAAGCUGGAGGAGUUUGUUCAGGCGCUGAACAAAGAAAAAUCCAACUGAAUUUCCUUUCAUUUUGUGAUAGUCACUUAGCUAAAGUUGUUUCUCUGGUUAUGUUAAGAUGAAAAUCGGCCACUUUGCAGUGGUGUCCUUUUUUUUAGUUUAUUUUUGCCAUUGAACCAAGUUUCAUAAACAACUGCUUACUUUACUGUAUAUGAGAAUGGGAAGCAGAAUAAACAAACGUCUAGCACAUGAAAAUUUAAUUUA